AUGGCAGAUGAAGCCCCCGAAGAGGAGGUGGAUCCUCCGGCAUCGGACGGCUCCACGGCUUCGCCCCAUCCGAACUCCCCUCCAAGGGGACCUCCGCCGCCGAGGCCAAUAUGGGUACUUCGUGAAGCCUCGUACAACCUCUCGGCGGCGCUUGGCACAGUGAUUCAGUCCAUGGGAGGGCAGAUUCAAGAGGUGCUCACGCACCCACCUUUCGACUGGCAAGAGCAUGAAGGUCUGGUUAUGGACAUCCGCCCAAUGAGGCCCUCGGAUCGGUUCCACCCCCAUGUGAUGUGGGUGGGGGACGGAACGCCACCGCGAGAUACAUAUCAUGUACCAGGCACCGACCCACCGCUGGCUCCUAAUGAAUUCCUGGCCGGAGCGCCUGGGACUGCCACCAUGACCGAGACUGAGGCGCCUGAGGCCCCAACCAGAGACACGGCCGCGGGCCUGGAGGCAGCAGCAGCGGAUGCUGAAUGGGAUGAGAUACUACGGGCUUUGGACAUACCUACAGGGGAUGAUGAUCUAGAUCCCGACUACCAGGUGGACCCAGAGUGGGCACUCCGCGACCAUGGCGGCGACGCCGGCGAAAGCCCAUGUGACCCCCAAGGCUCCCUCAAGCAUGCCGUUAGCUAUGCCCUCGUCGACGGCCUCGGGAUCUACCGGCUCAACGGGCACCAUCUUGUCGAGCACGACCCCCGUGACUUCAACGGCGGUGACACCCAAGGCCUCGUCUACAACAUCCGGAGCCCUUCCGCAGGCUAA